AUGGAAUGGGUGUCUAGUGAUGACAUCACUGUCAAAGCUGAGGAAGAGGUUUUCAAGGGAAUCGUGAAGUGGGUGUCUCACAACAAAAGCGAAAGAGAAGUUGAAUUUCCUGCUUUACUGCAUCAAAUCCGUCUGGCAUCAAUACCACAUGACUUUCUACUAAACAUACUGGUGAAGGAGGAACUAGUGGCUAAAAGCAAUGUGUGCUUGCAUUUUGUGCUAGAUGGUAUGAGAUUAAUGGCAAGUGCCACUGAUGAGCAGACUGUACAACAACCAAGGAAAUGCCUGAAGAUGAACGCAGAUGCAAUCUUUGUUUGCGGAGGAAUUUUGAAGAGACAGUUGUAUGCCAGUGAUGAAAGUGAAGACUGUGGGACCUACAUGUACACAUAUAAUCCUGAAAAGAACUGCAGUUAUAAACUGGAUAAGCCACUCAUUAGUCAUCACAAAGCUUGUGUUGUAAAUGAUGAGAAAUACCUUUACCUAAUAGGUGGUGCAAAUAGAAGAGGUGCAUCUGUGUCAACAACAUACAGAUGUGAUCCUAGUGCUGAUGAUCAUGAGUGGGAAGAAGUUGCACCUAUCAAUCAAGCUAGAUACAAUGCCUUUGGUGCUGCCAUGAAUGGCAAGGUGUACAUAGCAGGUGGAUGUCAGGGUCAAGUAACACUCGACACAUGUGAGGUUUACAAUCCUGUAACCAAUGAAUGGCAGCUGAUGCCAAGUCUCAAUUUACCUAGGAAGUCAGCAAGCAUGGUAUGCUUUGAAGGAAGGCUGUAUGUUUUGGGGGGUGUCAGUCACACCCUGAACUUCUCUCACAAAUGGUCACGGGUAUUAUCAGUUGAAACAUUUGAUUCUGAGCAGAAUAUAUGGGAAGAGAAAUCAGAUAUACCAGUGAAUUCUUUUGAAACAAGCAAGGAAAAAGAGAAGAAUAAAUUUAGAGCUUGUUCUGCAAGACUGCACAAAGAAGUGAUUGACAAACCUGAGCCACUGGAAUUGUCAUUAUUUAGUUCUUUAUUAUCCUUGGGCUUUGCUUGA